GGUAGAAAAUAAACAACACCGCCGCCAUAUUGGCAUUUUUUCUUUCAAUACAAACAUUGCGAUUAAUUUUCUUCAGGAUCCGAAGCGAAACUCACAAAAAAGCCCUUUAUUUAACGAAAAACCAGCAUGAACGAGAAUGAAUUCGUCGUAACAGACAUCGAUUUUGAAAAUUUGGCCGAAAUGUCGACCCCGACCGUUGAAAAAAUCAACAUCCCGUUCGAGGAUCAAAUUAUCAAAGAAGAAAUCGUUAAAGAGGACGAUAUCUUGUUGUUCACCCAAGCCGAAGUCGAGGAGGAGCUGAGUGGGAACGACCGAGGGGUGGUAUCGAACACCUCGUCGUUUGAAAUCGUCGAUAACAUCGCAAACACGGUGCAAAUACCCGAAAACGCCUCGUUUAAUUACCCGUUUAGCGAGGAGCAAUUGAACCAAUUAAAUCAGCUUUUAAACGGAACGAAUUUUAUCUCGAAAAAUAAUCCCGGCGAUGGAUACGAAAACUUUUUUACUCCAAAAAUCGGUGGGAUUAAAAUGGAAGGGAAUUAUUCGCAUUUUAUUAAGUAUAAAGUCCAAGAGGGGAAGCACACGAAAGUUUGGCAAUGCGGAAUAUGCUCAAAAGAAUUCGGACAUCAAUACAUUUUAAUGCGCCACCUCCCCACUCACACCGACGAACGCAAAUUUCAAUGUAACACUUGCGGAAAAGCAUUCCGUCAAAUGUCGACCUUAUCCCAACACCGAGCCAUCCAUUCCGCCGAACGUCCUUACAUUUGCGAAAUCUGUCAGAAAACCUUUAACCGCGUCUCGACUUUAAUUUCCCACCGGAAAACCCACACCGGACACAAACCGCACCGUUGUCACCUUUGCAACAAAGCGUUCCAUCAAAAAGGAAAUUUAAGGAAUCACAUUUUUACGCACACGAACGAACGGCCGUAUAAAUGCGAUGUUUGCUCGAAGGGGUUUAAUCAAAUGUCGAAUUUAAUGUGUCACAAAUUGAAAGCUCAUCAACGGGCUGAUAAGCCGCGGUAUACUUGUCAAACUUGCGGGAAAGAUUUUCAGAAACGGAUGGGGUUGAGGAAUCACGAACAAUACGAACACGGAGAUGGUGCUGUUGCGAAUCCCGCUCCGGGGCAAAAUGGUGGCGGUGGAACUAAUAGUACUUCGAAAUUGAAGUAUACUAACGGUGUCCUUGUCGAUCCUAUAAACACGGCUGCAAUGCAACACGCCUUAGCUACAAACCAGACUCCUUUUGCCCUCCUUCGGCCUUUAAACGGCAUCCCCGUCCUAGUUAGAGUACUUGCAGCUGGUGAUAAACAGAUGCUCGUUCCUGCAACUGCUGAAGACCUUAAAAAGCACGGCCAAAUCACGAUUACGGAGAAGCCUCAAGAUGAUCCCGAUUCAACCGCGGCCGUUAUUAAAACGGAUACGGAAACUAACCCCGAUGGUAGCACGGUCCAAAUUAAAAUUCCGGUUGUUGCAACUGUAGUUCAACGUUGUGGGAAAGAUGGAAAUAUGUGCAUGGAUGUUGAGAGUCCUGGGCCGAGUUCUGAUACGCUCCAAGAUGCUAGUUAUUUAGUCAAAGCGAAUCAAAAUCUAGGCGAUCAAGGAAUUAAACCCAACGAGAACACCAUGGCUGUUUUAAAUUCCAACGAUGUCCAAUUUUUCGAUUUAACCCCAAAAAACGCAAACAAUUUUAAUUUUGACUCAACAGUGGCUGAUGUUUUUAACCAAAAUCAUCUUCAAUUCACUGGGGAGGUUAUCCAAUUGGAUGAGGCUAACAAUGAGUUAAAUAACGAAGUUGGUUGUAUUUACUCUGAAGAGAUGUUUGGAAAUAACGUUUUUGAGGUUAUCUUUAAAUUAUUAUUUUGGAUAAGCCAAGUGUCGUCGAAUCAGAUAACGCUUUGUAUAAUGGAAGCUUUUAGGGUUUAUUUGUUGAUUGGAGUUUAGCAAUUAAGGUUAAUGUAUUUAAUUGGAUUCGAAUAAAAAUGUUUUUAUUUUUA